AUGACCUCUAGUGAGUCAGGAUCGGUUGUAAAGGACGGUCGCUCGGCAUCCACGUCUUUCCUCUCCCUUGGAUCCUCGUCUACCUCCGUCUCCAACCAAUUGCCUCCAUCACAUCCCGGACGUGAGAUCGCCAUCAGCAGUCGUACUCUGGAUAGUGUUAAGAUAGCCAAAGUUACCCUUGAAAAUUUCUACAACAACCUCGCUACUCAGUCACAAGAUCGCCAAAACAGGUAUAAGAUACUGGAAUGCAUGAUGGAGUCAGAGGGCCUAACAGAAGAUCAGAAGCAACAGAAACGAAGUCAACAUGCCUUAAAGGAAAGUGAGUACCUUCGGUUGAAAAGGGCUCGCCUUACAGUGGACGAUUUCACACCACUAAAGGUUAUAGGCAAGGGUGCUUUUGGUGAGGUGCGAUUGGUUCAGAAACAAGACAAUGGGUACAUUUAUGCAAUGAAGAUCCUUCGAAAGGCUGACAUGCGUCAGAAGGACCAGAUUGCCCACGUUCGAGCAGAGCGAGAUAUCCUCGUGAAGGCUAACAAUCCCUGGGUGGUGAAGAUGUUCUACUCCUUCCAGGACUCAGUCAAUCUCUAUCUCGUCAUGGAAUUCCUUCCUGGAGGCGACAUGAUGACCCUGCUGAUGAAGCUGGAUACGCUAACCGAGCCCCAGACGCAGUUCUACGUGGCAGAAACGGUUCUUGCCAUCGAUUCAAUCCACAAAAUGGGCUUCAUUCAUCGAGAUAUCAAACCUGAUAACCUCCUUCUUGACUCCAAGGGCCACUUGAAAUUGAGUGACUUUGGGCUGUGCACGGGUCUAAAGAAGGCACAUCGAACGGAGUUCUACAAGGACCUCUCACAGGCCCUUCCCAGCGAUUUUGGUGAGUUUCAGAGCGCUGGCGCUAACCUCAUUCAUGGAGCGAGCAAGCCGGUGGUUUCGUCUCGGCAUUGCGCUGUUGUGUGUGUGGCCUACAAUAUCUUGGAUUCACGAAGGCGAGCUGAAAGCUGGAAGAAGAACCGACGCUACUUGGCCUACUCUACAGUGGGGACGCCGGACUACAUCGCACCGGAGGUCUUCCACCAUCAGAAGGGCUACGAGUGCUCCUGUGACUGGUGGUCUCUAGGCGUCAUCAUGUACGAGAUGCUUAUGGGUUUCCCGCCAUUCUGUGCGUCGACGGCGCACGAGACCUACCAAAAUGUCAUGUCGUGGCGCGAGACCCUCACUUUUCCCCCAGAGACACCCAUCUCCAAGGAAGCCCAUGACCUGAUCACCUCGCUGUGCACCGAUGCGGAGUCGCGUCUCGGCUCCAAUGGGGGACUGGAGCAGUUCCGUAAGCACCCCUUCUUCGUCAAUGUGGACUGGGAGAAUAUCCGCGAACGUCCUGCUGCCAUCCCUGUCCAGAUCCGCUCCAUCGAUGACACCAGCAACUUUGACGAAUUUCCAGACGAAGACCUCACUUGGCCGAAUGUGACGGACCCAAAGAAGUCCUACAAAAAGGACUUAGCCUUCAUCAACUAUACAUACAAGGCGUUUGAUGGGUGCUCGAGCUGCGACCGUCGAAUAGCGCGUCCCACGAGUCAUCACCCGCAAAGGCACGUCCGCCCCUGCACUGCAGCGGCUGGAACCGCACCCUCUUGGCUCACUUUCUCCACUCUCUACAUCCUUCUGUGUGUUCACGUGCGUGCUCGCAGAGUAACAACAACUUCAGUCUACGCACCUGCUGAUGGAACUCGUAGGAGGAGACGAGCUGGUGGCCACUAA